ACGGUCAUCAAUUUCCUUUAAUUUUAUCAUAUUUUCUCUCUUCUUCAUCGACAAAUUCAAGCAAUGGGAUCGCUGCCCGCCUCCGACGACCUACUACACUAUCCGGCUGCUCGUCGUGAUGACUCCGUCGUCGACUACUACCACGGUGUUGCGGUCCACGAUCCUUAUCGAUGGCUGGAAGAUCCUGAUAGUGAGGAGACGAAGGAAUUUGUGGAAAAGCAGAUGAAAUUGACGGAUUUUAUGCUUUCAAGAUGCGAAACAAGAGAAAAACUUGGUGAAAAGCUGAGAAAAGUGUAUGAUUUCCCAAGAUAUGAUGCUCCAUUUAGGGCGGGAGAUAAAUAUUUUUACUUCCAUAACUCCGGUCUACAGCCGCAAAGGGUCCUAUACAUCCAGGAUAAUGUGGAUGGAGAAGCAGAGGUUUUGCUUGAUCCAAACACAUUUAGUGAGGAUGGCACUGUGGCUCUAAAUGGUAUCCAAGUUAGUGUUGAUGCAAAAUACUUAGCAUAUGGAAUCACUUGCAGUGGAAGUGAUUGGGUCACCAUUAAAGUCAUGCAAAUUCAAGACAACAUCAUACAGCCUGAUACUCUUUCUUGGGUUAAAUUUUCUGACAUUAGUUGGACACAUGACAGCAAAGGUUUCUUCUACUCACGUUAUCCAGCGCCCGUGGAUGGAGAGAAGUUGGAUGCUGGUACAGAGACGGAUGCGAAUGUAAAUCAUCAAGUGUUUUACCACUUUGUUGGUAGUGAUCAGUGUGAGGAUAUACUAUGUUGGAGCGAUCCACACAAUCCUAAGCAUACGCGCUCUGCCUCAGUCACCGAGGAUGGCAAGUAUGUUCUUCUCUACACCAUGAAGGACUGCGAUCCCGUCAACAUGCUCUACUACUGCGACCUCUCCGCGCUACCCAAUGGCCUCCAAGUCUACAAAUCCAAAAGAGAAUUGCUCCCAUUUGUGAAACUCAUCGAUGCAUUUGAUGCAUCUUACAACUAUGUAGCAAAUGAUGGCACAGUUUUCACAUUCCACACCAACAAGGAUGCCCCAAGAUACAAGCUGGUUCGAGUCGACGUCAAAGAAAACCCAACUUCUUGGACUGAAGUAGUCGGAGAAGACGGCAGAGACGUGCUCGUAUCCGCCGUGGCCGUCAACAGGAGCCAGAUUCUGGUGAGCUAUUUGAGCGACGUGAAGAGUGUGCUGCAGCUGAGGGAUUUGGCGACGGGCUCGUUCCUGAGGCGCCUGCCGCUCGACAUCGGGACCGUGUACCAGAUCUCAGCGCGCCGCAAGGACAGCGUCGCGUUUGUCGGGUUCACGAGUUUCCUAGUUCCGGGUAUUGUGUAUAGGUGCGACCUCGGGUCGGAGGUGCCGGAGAUGAAGAUCCUCAGAGAGAAUGUCAUCUCCGGUUUCGAUAGGGCGGAUUUUGAAGUCCGACAGGUCUUCUUCCCCAGCAAAGACGGCACGAAGAUACCGAUGUUCAUCGUGGCGAGAAACGGCAUCCGCCUCGACGGAUCGCACCCCUGCUUGCUGUACGCAUACGGAGGAUUCAACGUCAGCAUCACUCCAUCUUUCAACGUCAGCCGCGCUGUCAUCGCUAAGCAUUUGGGCCUGCUCUUCUGCAUCGCCAACCUACGCGGUGGCGGAGAAUACGGCGAGGAAUGGCACAGAGCCGGCUGCCUUUCCAGGAAGCAGAACGUCUUCGACGACUUCAUAUCCGCCGCCGAGUACCUCGUCUCCGCCGGCUACACUCAGCCGAGGAAGCUCUGCAUUGAAGGUGGCAGCAAUGGCGGCCUUCUCAUUGGGGCCUCUAUUAACCAGAGACCUGAUUUAUUUGGUUGUGCUCUUGCUCAUGUUGGCGUGAUGGAUAUGCUGAGGUUUCACAAGUUUACUAUUGGGCAUGCUUGGACAUCCGAGUUUGGAUGUUCGGAUAACGAGGAGGAGUUCCAAUGGAUAAUCAAGUACUCGCCAUUGCAUAAUGUGAGGAGGCCGUGUGAUAAAGCGAAGCAGUAUCCGGGCACCAUGGUGUUGACGGCGGACCACGACGACCGAGUUGUGCCGCUGCACUCGCUCAAGUUCAUCGCGACGAUGCAACAUGUCCUAUGCAGUCCUCACACGAAUCCGAUGAUUGCUCGCGUAGAGCGUAAGGCGGGCCAUGGAGCAGGAAAGCCUACCAACAAACUGAUCGAUGAAGCUGCAGACAGGUACAGCUUCAUGGCCAAGAUGGUGGGUGCAUCGUGGAUCGACUAAAUGUGCACUACAAUUAGGGCUUAUAUAUACUAUAUAGCUAGGCUGAUUAUAUUUUUGUGUAUUCGAUCUUGAUCACCUCUAAAUCUUUUUGUGGUAAUAUAUAAAACUACCCAAAUUUCUCACUUAUCUAUCAAAAA